AUGGUGGUGGCAUAUCAACAGGAAAAUGACAACCAGAUCCAUCUUUGUGUAACUGAAAAACAAUAUGCAGAACUUAGUGGAAGAUCCCCUGUAUCAUUGAGCGACUUUGAGGUCAUAUUGGCACUUUGCAGUGCGGUGCUUUCAUGCCCCGGCUUGCAGUGGAACCGUCCAAUUGACAGCUUGGAGCUCUUUGCUGGUGAGUGUUCUAUCAGCAGCGGAGAGUUCCGGGAGAGGCGUGAAGCUUUGGCCAUGGAUAUCAACUUUGGCCCUUCCAAUGAUAUCAUGACUGAUGCCGGAUUUGCCAACACAGUCUUCCAGAUUCUCAACACCAAACCGGCCGGAGCCCUAUGGGCAGCGCCAGUGUGUUCAACGUGGGUGUACCUGAGUCGCGGCAGCACAGGUCGAAGUGCCAGUAAGCCUAUGGGGUUCAAUACUGGCCUCACCCUUCAGCACAACAUCAUGGUGGCCCGUGUUUGUGUGAUACUUUGCAUAGCUGUAGCAAAGCAGAUUUGGUGGUGCUUGGAGCAGCCCAAAGGAUCACUUCUUGAGGGACAUAUUUUGUUCCAAAAAGUCCUUGCCAUGCGGCAUGUGAAUGUGUACCGGACAUGCUGCAGCCUUGGGCAUUUUGGGGCAGACUCCUUGAAACCAGUGUGGAUCUACAGCAGUGAUACCCGUGCCACGGAGUUCAAUGAGUUUGCCGAUCGUUCUCUUCGACCAUCGAACCCGAACAUGGUGAGGCACUACCAGGAUGGCAGCGGAAAGGCCAGAGUCACGGGUGGCACUGCUUUGAAAAGUUCUCAGGCUUAUCCGGUGAAGCUGCUAGGCCCUAGAUUCAUCUAG